UCCAUGGUAGGUGACGCGGCGACCUCCCUCCGACUUCAGGCCGCUCUUCUCCUCCUCCUCCUCGUCGCCUUAGCAAAUUCCGCCUUCUUCGUUGUAUCCGGGGAGUUGCCUUCUCUGACUGUUGCAGAGUUUGCUUCAUUGCAGCUAUCCCCAAGCUUGGUAGUGGAAGGGUCUCCUGGUUCAAAACCUGGGUCUCAAGUUAUUUGUGAAAGAGUGGAAAUCAAUGGCUUGUCGAGGCUUAGAAAUCUCACAAGUUUCUUCUCUUCUGUGAAGGUGAAGGUUCUAAACAUGAAUUCUACAGGUCGUCCUCCAAACAUUACCGUUUGUUUUCAUAGAAAUGCAUCUCUUGGGGUGGGGAUGUGCCCUGAAGGUCAGUGGGAGAAACUUACCAAAGGGUCAUGGGUUAGAUCCAUGUCUCCAUUUGACCACAAGCUCUUGGACAUACGGAUAACGGGCUCUUCUGUUGGAACCGUUGAGGUCUUACUGAGUGAAGAAUUUUAUUUGUACCGCCUCAUAUUUUUGGUGCUGGGAAUAACACUGAUGACAUUUGCAUCCUCGUUGAGCAACUCUUUAGUAAUCUACUAUGGUGGUGCAAUGACAUUAGGCAUUCUGCUUGUCGUGUUAGUGGUCCUCUUUCAGGGUAUGAGGAUCCUCCCAAGUGGUCGAAAGAGUUCACUUGCAUUAGUUCUAUACGGAUCCAUUGUUGGAGUUGUAUCCUUUCUGACUAGCUACAUACCUACAUUAUUGCGCUCAUUACUUCUGGAGAUGGGAAUCGAGGAAGACUUGUACAAUCCUGUAGCAGUAUUCCUACUAGCUUGUGUUGUUCUAACUGGGGCGUGGUUGGGCUUCUGGGCUGUUCGUAAGCUUGUCCUGACAGAAGAUGGAUCAAUCGAUACAGGCGUGGCUCAAUUUGUUGCUUGGUCUUUUCGGAUUGUGGCCGCUAGUAUGAUUCUUCAGAGUUCGGUGGAUCCUUUAUUGGCAGUUGAUGCAUUGGUCUGUGGCGUGCUCAUUCCAUCUGCAUUGAAGGGAUUCAUCAUUUAUGUACACCAAUUGUCAUUUAGAAGGAACAAGAAUAAGCAUAGAAGAUCCUACAAACCAGUUUCUUCACCGGCCGUAGAUUCUUAUGAACAUGAGCACAAAUUUCAGCGGUUAUCAGACUCGAACACGUUCUACUCAAGCUUCCACGAUGCACCAGACAGAAAACACUACUCAAAGGAUGAAUGGGACGAGUUUACAAAAGAGUCGACCAAGAAAGCAUUGGAAAGUCUCGUAUGCUCGCCAGAUUUCAGCCGAUGGGCCGUUGAUCAUGCUGAUAGAAUCACUUUACUUCCCAAGAAAGAUACUAACCGAAGGCACCAGAGUUGGUUACCGUGGUCUUGAUCAACUAUCGUUGUAAUUAUGGAAAUGCUAACUGAUUAAUCGUAACAAAGAUAGAUAUAUUUUGUAAGAUUGUUAUAUCCCGGUAUCAAUGUGACCCGAAACAACUUUUAAUUAACCAGUGUAGUUUGUCCGCUUCUAAA